ACCGGGGUUUCUGAUGUCUAUUGCAUACUUGGAUCCUGGGAAUAUAGAGUCUGAUCUACAGUCAGGGGCAGCUGCACAGUUCAAGAUUCUGUGGGUACUGAUGUGGGCAACUAUCUUAGGCUUAAUGAUGCAAAGGCUGGCCGCAAGGUUGGGAACUGUGACCGGCCUUCACCUAGCCGAGAUCUGUUACAGACAAUAUCCGUUUAUACCGAGGAUACUUCUUUGGAUCUGUACAGAGAUUGCUAUCAUUGGUUCAGAUAUGCAGGAAGUAAUAGGAACAGCCAUCGCCCUCUAUUUGCUGUCCAAUAAAACUAUACCGUUGUGGGGAGGAGUACUCAUAACAGUCCUGGAUACUUUCACAUUUCUUGGACUAGAUAAAUACGGGUUGAGGAAACUAGAGGCAUUCUUCGCCUUCCUCAUCACUGUCAUGGCCUGGAGCUUUGGAUAUGAAUAUGUUGUUGCUAGUCCAAACCAGGCCGAGGUUGUGAAGGGUUUAGUUAUCCCCUGGUGCAGUGGAUGCGGGAGCAGAGAACUACUUCAGGCUGUUGGAGUUAUUGGUGCAGUUAUUAUGCCACACAAUCUCUACCUUCAUAGUGCUCUGGUCAAGUCAAGAGAUAUUGACAGAACUAAGAAGAAGGACGUGAAAGAAGCAAAUUUCUACUUUUUCAUCGAAGCUUCCAUUGCACUUUUCAUCAGUUUCCUGAUAAAUGUGUUUGUGGUUUCUGUAUUUGCUGAGGGGAUGUACGGUAAAACUAACGGUGAGGUUUAUGAGCUCUGUAUAGAGAGGAAUAACUCGCAUGCUGAUCAGUUUCCAAACAACAACCAGACUAUUCAAGCCAAUCUAUAUAAAGGUGGUGUAUUUCUUGGUUGUGAGUUUGGUGAGGCUGCCAUGUAUAUCUGGGCUCUAGGUAUUCUUGCAGCUGGGCAGAGUAGUACAAUGACGGGUACAUAUGCUGGGCAGUUUGCCAUGGAGGGUUUCCUGAAUCUACGGUGGUCUAAAUGGCAGCGAGUUCUUCUAACAAGAUCUAUUGCUAUACUUCCAACCUUUCUCAUCGCUUUCUUCGAUCAGAUAAAUGAUCUGUCUGGUAUGAAUGACCUGCUCAACUGUUUGAUGUCCUUAAUGUUACCCUUCGCUGUUAUACCCUGCAUAGCAUUCACGAGCAACCACAAGAUAAUGGGAGAUUUCAAGAACGGAUUGAUUUCUCAGAUUCUCUCUAUUCUGCUCUCUUGCCUGGUUAUCUCCGUCAAUAUAUACUUCAGUAUCUCCUAUCUGACAGGUUUGGGUAUUACACAUUGGGCGUUUAUCCUGUUCACUGUUGUUUGUGGUGUACUGUACCUCCUCUUCUGUGUCUAUCUGACAGUUGAUAUGUUGUUAUCUAUGGGAAGUAUGCAUGUUGGAGAGUUUGGAUUUGCUCAAACCUGGUUCAGUGUAUCCUCACAUCAUGAGUACUCAAGGCAUACUGAGGAUGAAGAUCAAUACAGAUCCAACAAUACUAUCUAAGUGGGGUGGAGAAGAUCUGAAGCGUCAACAAAGCAAGAAAAUCUUAAAUUUGAAAGUUACACAAUAAUUAUUGUUUUAUAUUUGAAACAUUGGUAGACAAGGGUAAGUGAUUGGAGCUCAACCCUGGAGCUCAACGUAACAUAGCAGGACAUGAUACUUUGACUGUAGGUUGAAUGUUAAUAACAAUAAUAAUUGAUUGGUUCAGUUUGUGUUUGGUCAACAUACAAGAAUCUAGAAUGUUGCUUAAUGGGACAGUCAUUAUAAUCUCAAUGAAAAGAGUUGCCUACCCGAUUCACAACCUUACCUUUUAAUUUUUUCUUAAAUUAAAAAUGAGAAGGAUAAUUUCGUGUUUAUAGCUUGAAUUGUUUAAUUCUUAUAAUUUCUUCAUCACUUAUGAAGCAAGAAAUACUCAAGACACUUUUGUAGAGAAACCACAAAUGAAAAUGUUCAGGGUUAAAAUACCAAAACAUUGAUAUCUAAUUUAUUCUUGAUCAGACAAAGCCUUAAAUGGUACUGUUGUGAAUUGAGUAGGGUCCCUUUAAAAUACCUUAAUAGUCCCAUUAAGGGAGCUUAAAACAAUACCAAAAAUAGCAUUCAUUGUCACAAAAUUCUAAAAGAUUAGCAGAUGUAUUAUUUCCACCUUUUUUCAUAAAAAAGUGUUUGAUCGAAAAUUUUAAAUUUAAAUUUUAUCUGUUCAAAAAAAAUUUGCACUUGGAACAAGGAAAGGAUUAAUUUUAAUCGAUGAAAGGGAGCUUUGUAUGAAAUAUAUAAGAAUAAUAUUCAAAAUGAAGUUUAGAACUAUGGGUUGGUUUUCAUAAAUACUUGUUUUCAACAAUCUAUAUUUUAAAUAUGAUGAAGGAAAACUUAAUAAAGAAAUUGAACAAAUGCUACAAACUAUAAUUUUCUGAUCCCAAUAUCAUUGAAACCUGAUUGAGUAAACCUUUAUUGAUGCAUUAGAAUACACAUCUUGAAGCAAAACAGAUCUACGACAUCGGGUUGCACAGAUAUAUGGUUAAGAUGAUUAUAUUUAGUAGUGUUUAGUUCAUUUGGUAAAUAAUUUGUCAUGACAUGUUUUAGUCAAAUGCUAAAUAUAAGAGAUUUUAAAAAUA